AUGUCAAAAGUUCUUUUCUGGGGCGCUUUCGGUGUCGCGACAAGGUUGAUGCAGCUCGGGAUUGAGAUGAGACCAUUUUUCCAACGCGGUGGAUUAAUCUGGUAUCCUGUCUUCGGGUCGAUUGGCGCUUCUUUUGGCUGGUGGCUGAGUGGCGUUGAGCAGCGGCAAGUACAGAUGCUACAACAGCGAAAGAAUAUCCUUAUGGAGAAGCGGAAACGACGAGCCGAACGUGAGGCAGCCGAGGGCGGAUCAGAGUUGGCGGCGACGGCACAUUAG